GUGUGUUUCUAGACGAGACCAUCUCUAUGUUGCACCGGGUGUAACCAACAAGCUAACGUUAGGCUAGUUAGAUGUAGCUAGCUAGCUAGCUAGCUAGGUUUAGAUUGUUGUCGGUGUACGCAGCUGUCGAAUGAACAUUUAAAACACGAGUAUUGAGUGAUACUGAUGAAACUCGUUGGUGUCACUUUAUUUUACAAUCACACUGCUUCUGUUGUCUUCGGUUACGCUGUUUUCAUCAUUAGCUGCCCGUGUUGGUCAGUUAGCUAGUUAGCCUCUUCAGCUAGCUAGGUACAGUAGUGUAUGGGUGUCAAAGUUAGCAGUGACUUCACUGGGUGUCUGGUUGCCUGAUCUCACAUUUCGGACACGUCAAGGUUCUUCAAAUCUGUCCCUUGAUUUUGGGGGCUGUGAUGUCGGAGCCCAAGACUCCCACUCCUGCUGGCGACACAUACAAAGGAUGGGUGUUCAAGUGGACAAAUUACAUCAAGGGUUAUCAGCGGAGGUGGUUUGUCCUGAGCAAUGGGCUGUUGUCAUACUACAGGACCCAGGCAGAAAUGGGCCACACGUGUCGAGGCACAAUCAACUUGGCCACAGCAACUAUCACUGUGGAUGACGCCUGCAACUUUGUCAUCUCCAAUGGCGGGGCACAGACGUACCACCUGAAGGCCAGCUGUGAAGUGGAACGGCAGCGCUGGAUAACUGCCCUAGAACUGGCUAAAGCUAAAGCCGCCUGCAUGCAGGCAGAGUCAGAUGACUCGGGGGAUGACUUUUCCCCAUCAUCGCCACCGGUGGCACAUGGACAAGGUGGCAGGACACAGAAUUCAGAAGUUCAGUCUGCUCUCAGAACGCUAGGCAGCAAGGUGGAGGAUCUGAGCACAUGCAAUGACCUAAUUUCAAAGCAUGGCUCUGCCCUCCAGAGGUCUUUAUCAGAACUGGACAGUCUGCGUCUGACUGGAGAGGCUGGGGAUAAGAUCCGUCAGGUGACGGAGAGGGCCACACUGUUCCGCAUCACCUCUAAUGCCAUGAUUAAUGCAUGCCGAGACUUCCUUGCGCUGGCUCAGGCUCACAGCAAGCGAUGGCAGAAGGCCCUUCAAGCAGAGCGGGACCAGCGGGUAAGGCUGGAGGAGACUUUAGAGCAGCUGGCCAAGCAGCACAACAACCUGGAGCGAGCGUUCAGAGGGGCUGCACAGGCUAAUGCUACUGCAGACAAUAAAAGUUCUGCUGGGCCAGGAAAAGGUGAGGCCAGCGACGAGGACGACGACAAUGAGUUCUUUGAUGCCAUGGAAGAGGCUCCUGAGUUUAUCACUGUACCUGCAGAUCCCCAUUUCCACAAAAGGUCAAACAGUAAUAUCAGCGGUUUCAACAGUGAAAUGUGUCCUGAUGAUCAAUCGCUUAAUGAGGAGCCUCUCGUGAUGAACCAGGAAUCUCCCUCUCAGGAGUUGAUACUCCUGAAGAAGAGGCGGACACGCAUUCCAGACAAGCCAAACUACUCCCUCAACCUGUGGAGUAUAAUGAAGAACUGUAUUGGCAAAGAGCUGUCCAAGAUUCCCAUGCCUGUAAACUUCAACGAGCCCAUUUCCAUGCUGCAGCGGUUGUCGGAGGACCUCGAGUACCACGAGCUGCUGGAUAAGGCCUCCAAGUGCCAGAGUUCGCUGGAGCAAAUGUGCUACGUGGCUGCCUUCUCCGUGUCCUCCUAUUCGACCACCGUCUACCGCACAGGCAAGCCCUUCAACCCUCUGCUGGGAGAGACGUAUGAGCUAGACCGCCGGAGAGAGAGCGGCUACCGCUCCCUCUGUGAGCAGGUGAGUCACCACCCCCCUGCAGCAGCGCAUCAUGCGAUCUCUGAUCGCGGCUGGACCCUGAGACAAGAAAUCACUGUUGCCAGCAAAUUUAGGGGAAAAUACCUCUCCAUUAUGCCUUUAGGCACAAUUCACGCAAUCUUUGAAAAGGGCAACAAUCACUACACAUGGAAGAAAGUGACCACCACAGUGCACAACAUCAUUGUAGGAAAGCUAUGGAUCGAUCAGUCAGGAGAGAUUGACGUGGUGAACCACACCACUGGAGACCGCUGCCACCUUAAGUUUGCUCCUUACAGCUACUUCUCCAGAGAUGUGGCCAGGAAGGUCACAGGUGUGGUGAUGGACAAGGAUGGCAAGGCCCACUACGUGCUGUCGGGCACGUGGGAUGAGAAGAUGGAGUUUUCCCGGGUGAUGCAGAGCAGCCGAGGAGGAGAGAAUGGCACCGAGGGCAAACAGAAGACGGUCUAUCAAACCCUCAAAGCCAGAGAGGUUUGGAGGAGGAACCCUUUACCUGAGGGAGCAGAGACCAUGUACUACUUCACUGCCUUGGCGCUGACCCUCAACGAGCUUGAGGAGGGCGUGGCGCCCACUGACAGCCGGCGCCGGCCUGACCAGCGCCUGAUGGAGGACGGCCGCUGGGAAGAGGCCAACUCGGAGAAGCAGCGGCUGGAGGAGAAGCAGCGCAGCGUCCGGCGGGAGAGAGAGAGGGAAGCUGCCAGCCAGCGCACCUCCAGCCAGUCAGAAGAAGCUGUCGAUGAGGACUCUCUUACUGAUCCGUCCUUAAAAAGCGCACCUCAUGACAGCUACCAGGCACUUUGGUUCGAGCGCUGUGAGGACCGGAUCACAGGUGAGCAAAUACAUAUCUAUAAGGGAGGCUACUGGGAAGCAAAGGACCGUGGCAGCUGGGAGGGCUGUCCCGACAUCUUUUGACCUCGGCUUUGACUGCCCCUGAAGAGACUGAUCCAUUGAAGCCGCCUAGUGAACAGCUACUGCAAAGGCCGGCUUGUCCCCCCCACUUGGACGGCUGUGGCUCUCUGUUUUAAAACAGUGGCUCUCUGUUUUAAGAGAUCUCCAGGACGAUCUCUGCUGUCUGAUCCAGAGGGGGAGCAGAGUUUUCCUCCGGCUUCCCUCAUCCCAUUUUGGUUCCCGUCUUCGCACCUACCCCCUUGUUGCUGUAACACGUGUGAGAGGACUGAAAUGAAAAUGUUUGUGCUGCUUUGACUCGGGUCAGGCUGAGAAUAAGGGGGAGGAAAUAAAAUGGGCAGGGCUUCCAAAAAAUCAUUAGUAAGAACAUUUUUAGUCUCUCUGCUCAAGUCUGUGCAGCCUCUCCGAUCAGGAGCAGAAGAGCUUUCAUGCUGAUAACAGUAGUGUUCUAUUGCCAUCCACAGCAUUGCGUGCUUUGGUAAUAACUCUAAAAAAAGAGGGUAAGACCUGGUUAAUAUAUAAAUUUAUAUAUAAUUAUGAUUCAAAUAAUUUCAUUAAUAUGUUGACUGGUGGCCUUCAAGACGUAAGUGAGGAUUUCUUGUUUAUCUCUCUGAUUUAGUGUCUUAAUGUAAUGCAGUGAAGGUUCCAGUGUGCUUGUGUGUAUGACUGCAUAUAUGCUCUUCCAUCACUUUACAACACUGCCACUGUGCAGUAUACUGUGUUUAAAAAGAAAAAGUAAUGAUUGUCCAAAAUACUGGUUGAACCUCCACACUGUCAUUUUUUUAUACUUAGAAGAUUUGUUGUUCUUCACAAAGGCUGAUGGAAAUUAUGAUGGUGAAAUUUUUUAUGUGGCUCAAAGGCCUAAACACUCUUUCUCUUCGCCUUAGAAAUGAGCAACCUGCUCUCACUUGUUUUUACAUCACACCUGAGUGGAUUUGACGCCGACAUUUGUAGCUGGUUUCUUGUACAAACAUCAUAAACUUUGAAGAAGUAGUUGGGAAAAGACUACAGAGCUGCAAAAUGGCAAAGCACAUGUUCUCAAAACAACAGAAAAUCUCACAUUAGUGCAGUUUUAUUCAAUAACUAAUGAAAUGACCCCUUUUCACAAUAUUGGAAUUAUGUUUGAGCCAUUUUGCAGAUAAAAUAAGUGAAUAGUAACUGUGUUACAUGGCAGUAAAAAUGGAAUGGGAUAUGUGGUGUGAUUUUUGUAUUGAGAGGAACACAGACAAAUGAGAAAAGAAGAAAAGUAAAUGCAGUGGUGAAAAUAAACCUUUGUGUAUUGGCUGAAGAGUUCAUACAUAUGCAAGAACAUUUUGACACCAAAAAAUGGGAUAUAAUGUGUGUGUGUGUGUGUGUGCGCGUGUGCCAAGCGUGUGUGAAUUGCAUAAUUUUGUUUAUAAGUGUACUUAAAAAUGAAGAAUAAAGAAACAAAGAGUUUAAAAGCAUUGAAAAUAACAAUGAUUUAUAAAUGUAAUGAAAUUCAGAUAGUAUUGAUAACUGUAAGGUAGUUUUUUUCUUGUAUUUUUUGGUUUCUCGCAUUGGAAGUGGACUGUCUUCAUUUUCAGAAAAAAAGGGAGUUUCCGUACUUAACCGAGAGGGGAGACAUGACAUUGUUCAGUACUUUGUAUUAACAAAGACAAAGAAUCUAUAAUAAACAAAUGCUGUGAUGUCAGACAAAUAGCUUUUCACACUCUUCUUUAAAUUUCAUAUGUUCCAACAUUUCCAUUAAUUAUUAAUUAGAUAACACAAUUAAAGACUUGCCAAAUCGAUUCUUUGGGAAUUUCUGUCCUCAUGUUCAGUAGGAGCUCCAGACGGGACGACAUAUGUUGUCAAUAAAAUAAUAAAACCCAAUGGAAA